CUCUCAUCAAACAGAUCUAUUUGAAUGUAACGCUUAUAUACCUGCCAUUUAGACAUAAACUACUCCAUUACAGUAACCAUCUUCUCCCUUUGGACUGCACUAGGUCAUGGCUCCGUUUUCGCUGCCCGUAAGACUCCCGUGUCAUGAGAGAUGGCGUAUUUGGGGGCCAAAUGCCUGAGUGGUCCGCGCCACUAUCAGUCUGCCUCGUCAAUGGUGAAGUAGCCAUUGCUGUUUCCAAUUAAUAUGGGUGAUUGCUCGGCUUACUUGUAAAUACACAGCCGUCCCCUCAUCAUUUCCGGGCAUCUCAGAUGAACCCCUGCUAAUGUCUCUAAAUUUGCUUCAUCUCAACGCAUUGCGCAUGGUUAACCCUAUUUCACCCCAACAAUGUUCACAAAGCCAGGACAAAUCGAUUUGUCGAGACUAUCUCUAGACUCUUUGAGCAUGGAACAGCCCCUAGAGCAAGACGAUUCAGACAUUGAAUUGUCCUAUUCUGAGAAAUCGAACCGGCUUGUCGCUAAACGCUAUUUUCAAUUCUACCACCAAACAAUAGCGGACAUUCGACAGAGCCCUAUUAACCUCACACCUUGGAUCUUUUCUAUGAUAUUUUUUGCCGCAGCUUAUAUGAUUGUGGCUAAACUAAGGUUUUUCGGGGCGCUAAAUACCAGCUACUGUAGUCCUGACGGAUCCAUCAAGCCUGUCUAUACAAAUCUCUGGGCCACCUCGGAUCUUUUCCAGGUGAACAUCGCUACUGGGAACCUGACAUUCACACAGGCGAAGGUCAUCGAUACUAUCUGGGACCUAAUAGUUGGACGUGGCGGACAGGCAACUUUGACUCUCAUUACAUGGAAACUUUUCGCUGAGUAUGCGGCGGUGUCUAUGGCUAUACAGCCUGUCACAUUCGCCACGUAUCGCAUCUUAUUCACUGACAGUGGCCCUUCUAUAUCAUCUACAGCAAGCUUACUUUACGACUUCAUUAAGUUUAGAGGCCUCGCGUCAAAAUGGGCCAGCGCUUUUCUUAUUUACAGCAUAAUGUUGUCUUUGGCCUUUCCGACAUUAGCUGGAAGUACAACUGGCUAUACAACACUCAAUGAAGCCUUUAUUCACACUGAUGACAACAACCUAAUUCCAAUUUCCAGCCCCAGCUGGGGAGACAUGACCAACCCCAAUGAGACAUACGAAAGCGUAAUUCGGCGGCAGGGGGUCUGCGUGCCAGUCAAAGACGUGGGUGCAGUCUAGAUACCGGUAGUAUGAAAAGAAUUGGCUGACAUACAUGUGUUGAUAGAGGUAUCAGUGGGGUGCCUCAUUUCUCCAGGCAUUAUUUUUAAUCGAAUUCA